AUGACUCGGGCUACUCGUCUUGUCUAUGGCCUGGGGGCGGUGGCAUCUCUGCUGAGCACUGCCAUCGCCGCUGAGUCUCACACAACCAAAGACUGGCCUUUGAAAGACGAUGGGCUGAACGAGGUUGUGCAGUGGGAUCACUACAGCUUCCAAGUCCACAGCCAGCGGAUCUUCGUCUUCUCCGGAGAGUUCCACUACUGGCGCAUUCCAGUCCCCGGCCUCUGGCGUGAUAUUCUCGAGAAGAUCAAAGCUGCUGGCUUCACGGCCUUUGCAUUCUAUUCGAAUUGGGCUUACCAUGCCCCUAACAAUCACACGCUCGAUUUCACUACCGGCGCCCAUGACUUCACCCCUUUGUAUGAACUGGCUAAGGAGCUGGGUCUGUACAUAAUCGUUCGACCAGGCCCGUACGUCAACGCGGAAGCCAGUGCCGGAGGAUUCCCUCUGUGGCUGACAACUGGCGAGUAUGGUACCCUCCGCAACAACGAUACCCGAUACACGAAAGCAUGGACACCAUACUUCACUCAGUUGUCCAAGAUCACGAGCAAGUAUCAAGUGACCAAUGGCGAGAACACACUGGUGUAUCAGAUCGAGAACGAAUAUGGAUCACAAUGGGAAGGAUGGGCUUCAGAACGGAAGCCAAAUGAAAAUGCCAUUGGCUACAUGGAACUUCUCGAGGCCAAUGCUCGUGCAAAUGGUAUCAAUGUUCCAUUGACAGCCAACGAUCCUAAUAUGAACUCCCAUUCUUGGGGAAGCGAUUGGUCCAACGAGGGCGGCAAUGUGGAUGUUACGGGAUUAGACUCGUACCCAUCGUGCUGGACGUGUGAUCUGAGUCAAUGCACAUCCACCAAUGGCGCGUAUGUUCCAUUCCAGGUUCUGGACUAUUAUGAUUACUUCCAGGAGUCUCAACCGACUAUGCCUUCUUUCAUGCCCGAAUUCCAAGGCGGAUCAUACAACCCCUGGGGUGGCCCCGAAGGAGGUUGCCCUCAAGAUAUCAACCAGGACUUUGCCAACCUCUUCUAUCGAUGGAACAUUGGUCAGCGUGUAACAGCUAUGAGCUUGUACAUGCUCUUUGGCGGGACCAACUGGGGCGCCAUUGCCGCCCCCGUCACGGCAACCAGCUAUGAUUACUCUGCACCCAUCUCAGAGGACCGGUCGAUCGGGGACAAGUACUCCGAGACAAAGCUGCUGGCGCUGUUCACUCGCUGCGCCAAGGAUCUGACCAUGACUGAUUUGAUUGGAAACGGUACUCAGUACACGGACAAUGCAAAUGUUCGUGCAUAUGAGCUUCGUAAUCCCGAGACUCACGCCGGGUUCUAUACCACUUUCCAUACCAAUACGUCAAUUGGUUCGAACGAAGCCUUCCAUGUCAAGGUCAACACUUCUGCGGGUGCCUUCACAGUUCCCAAGCACGGCGGUGUUGUGCGUCUCAAUGGACACCAGUCGAAGAUCUUGGUCACCGACUUCAAGUUUGGCAAGGAGACGUUGCUGUACUCCACCGCGGAGGUACUGACGUAUGCCGUCUUUGAUAACAAGCCAACAUUGGUCCUCUGGGUUCCAACAGGGGAAUCGGGAGAAUUCAACAUCAAGGGUGCCAAGAAGGGAUCCGUCAGCACGUGUCAGGGUUGUUCGAGUGUUGGGUUCUACCCUGAGCAUGGCGGAUUGACUGCCACUUUCACGCAGUCAUCGGGCAUGAGCGUUUUGGAAAUUGACAACACUCGGGUUGUCUUGCUGGACCGGAAAGCUGCGUAUAAGUUCUGGGCUCCCGCGCUGACCAAGAACCCACUGGUGCCAGAGACAGAGACCGUUCUUGUGCAGGGACCAUAUUUAGUCCGGGGCGCUGCUCUGUCCGGCUCCAAGCUCGCCCUAACCGGCGACAACACGGACUCGACGGGCCUUGAAGUUUUUGCUCCCAAGAACGUCAAAUCGAUCACAUGGAAUGGAAAGGCCGUCCAUGUUGAGCGUACAGCACACGGCAGCCUCAAGGGCUCCGUCGCAGCGCCCAGGUCUGUCAAGCUCCCAGCUUUCGGAUCGUGGAAGUCAAAUGACAGUCUGCCCGAGCGAUCGACUUCAUACGAUGAUUCAGGGGAGGCGUGGGUUGCUGUGAACCACCAAACCACCUCGAACCCGCGGAAGCCGACAACUCUCCCUGUUAUGUACGCCGAUGAAUAUGGGUUCCACAAUGGCAUCCGUCUUUGGAGGGGGUACUUCAACGGCUCUGCGACGGGGGCUUACAUCAACGUCCAAGGUGGAUAUGCCUUUGGCUGGUCCGCAUGGCUGAACGGCAAAUUCCUCGGUUCCUACCUCGGCGACGCCAACAAAGAGCAAGGUAAUCUCACCCUCUCCUUCUCAAACGCCACAGUCAGCACCACCAAGCCCAAUGUCCUUCUCAUCAUGCACGAUGACACCGGCCACGACGAGACAACCGGUGCUCUGAACCCACGCGGCAUCCUCGACGCGCGCCUUAUCGACUCCGACUCCGGCUUCACCCACUGGCGUCUAGCCGGCACCGCAGGAGGCGAGUCCAAUCUCGACCCUGUCCGGGGCGUCUUCAACGAAGACGGCCUAUACGGCGAACGCGUCGGUUGGCAUCUGCCCGGAUUCGACGAUUCAAAAUGGACCGCCACGUCUAGUCUCAGUUUCACGGGUGCGACGGUGCGAUUCUUCCGCACGACGGUUCCCUUGCAAUUCCCCGCUGGCUUGGACGUUUCGGUCUCGUUCGUCUUGUCGACUCCCAAGGGUAGCACGACUGCGUAUCGCGCACAGCUCUUCGUCAACGGAUACCAGUAUGGGCGGUAUAAUCCGCACAUUGGAAAUCAGGUGGUCUAUCCUGUCCCGGCGGGGAUCUUGAAUUAUAACGGGGAGAACACCGUGGCGGUAGCUCUCUGGGCGCAGACCGAGGCCGGCGCGAAUAUCAACGUGGAUUGGCGGGUGAAUUACGUGGCGGAUAGCUCGUUGGACGCGGUCGCGAUCUCCGAGAAGGCGGGAGAUUUGCGUCCCAAGUGGACGGAUGACCGCAAGAGAUUUGGCUAG